ACGACACGAGUGGGAAGCAGGUAUCCUCCCAUCCAUAGCUUUCUUUAGCACGUUUACUUUCAAUUUCAGUCAUACCUUUUGUCGGACUCUGGCUCAACGUUUUUUUAUUACCAGGAGCUCUGUUUGCUCACAAGACUAACGGGACAUAAUGUUUUCUCUCUGUUACGCAUUUCUCGCUGUUUCUUUGCUGAACUCUCUGCACGACUUCCAUGUGUCCAGCUGUGAUGAAAAAUGUGCAGAUAAACCUGUAUUCACUCCAUCCAGACUGGUAGUGAAGUUUGGUGACCCAACCUCUGCCACGUGCUUGGCUUGUCAGCAUACUUGCCCAAACGAUUUAUAUGGUUUGGAAAACUCUAUGGGGAACGCUACAAAAAAUGGAACCACGAUUUCAUGGGAGGUUGACAGCCUGACUGAAUGGGAUACAUCUCCCAUGUGCUAUUAUACUGAUAAUGAUGAUAACCAGUGUUGUAGCACCCUGCCUGUAACCGUCUAUCAGCCUCCAAAAAAUGUCAGUUUCAGCUUCCUAAAUCACGCUGGGCCGAUGACUGCGGGUCAUCUGUACACACUGCAGUGUCACGUCCAGGAAGUUGCUCCUGUUGGUAACCUCAAUGUGACCUUCUACAGAGGACAGACAGAACUGCACAGACUACAGUCCAACAACACAGAAAAGACACCAGUGAAUGAGACCUUCACUCUGGAUAUCACCCCUAGUAAAGAGGAUGAUGGAGGACAGUACUGGUGUGAAGCCAAGCUAGACCUGGGACCUGAAGGACCACAGACUCCUCCAGUGGUGGAGUCAGGAAAACUCACAGCAACAGUCUACUAUGAGCCUCAGCUAAAGGAGUCAUCACAUCCAGAUCUGAUCACUAUCACAGAAGGAGACCGUCUACAACUGAACUGCUCUGCUGUGGGAAACCCCAGCCCCUCCUACAACUGGAUGCUCCCAUCAGCCAGUGGUUCCCCCUUCAGUGGUGACAUUCUCACUAUAGAGUCUGUAACUUUGGAGCACAAGGGGCAGUACACCUGUUCUGUCCACAACAACAUCGGUACUGUCACUGUGAAGUUUAACGUGGAUGUCAAAGAUGAAAACUGUGCAGAUAAACCUGUAUUCACUCCAUCCAGACUGGUAGUGAAGUUUGGUGACCCAACCUCUGCCAAGUGCUUGGUUUGUCAGCAUACUUGCCCAAACGAGGUAUUUGGUUUGGAAAACUCUGUGGGGAACGCUACAAAAAAUGGAACCACGAUUUCAUGGGAGGUUGACAGCCUGACUGAAUGGGAUAUAGAUGCUAUUCAGUGCUAUUAUGCUGAUAAUGCUGAUAACCAGUGUUGUAGCACCCUGCCUAUAACCGUCUAUCAGCCUCCAAAAAAUGUCAGUUUCAGCUUCCUAAAUCACGCUGGGUCGAUGACUGCGGGUCAUCAGUACACACUGCAGUGUAACGUCCAGGAAGUUGCUCCUGUUGGUAAACUCAAUGUGAUCUUCUACAGAGGACAGACAGAACUGCACAGACUACAGUCCAACAACACAGAAAAGACACCAGUGACUGAGACCUUCACUCUGGAUAUCACCCCUAGUAAAGAAGAUGAUGGAGGACAGUACUGGUGUGAAGCCAAGCUAGACCUGGGACCUGAAGGACCACAGACUCCUCCAGUGGUGGAGUCAGGAAAACUCACAGCAACAGUCUACUAUGAGCCUCAGCUAAAGGGGUCAACACAUCCAGAUUUGAUCACCCUCACAGAAGGAGACCGUCUACAACUGAACUGCUCUGCUGUGGGAAACCCCAGCCCCUCCUACAACUGGACGCUCCCAUCAGCCAGUGGUUCCCCCUUCAGUGGUGACAUUCUCACUAUAGAGUCUGUAACUUCUGUGGAUGAAGGACAGUACAUCUGUUCUGUCCACAACACUUUGGGGACUGUUCCUAUGAAGUUUAACGUGGUUGUCCAAGGUUUGCAGUUAACCACAGCCACACCGAACAGGAGUACCAGCAGCCUACUGAUUCACAGGUUUACUAUGUGUCUCAUGCUGUUAUUCUUUGCUCUGGUUUGAGUUAAUUCCAGGGGAUUUUAAGAGGCAGUUUGUUUUUAGAACAACUUCAUGUUAUAAAUUGAUUCAAAAGAAUAUAGUUGGGCAAUAAAAGGUAUUUUAUACAUGUCCUUUAUAUCUAACAUCUGAUGUCAACACAACUUGUUUAGCUAAUACGCAAUGAGAAGGGGCUGUAAGAAUGCUUACUUUUUACAAUUAUCCUGGUGUUUAAGUAGUAAAGGGCUUUACCUUAUAUGUGAGCAAUGUUUAAAGGGGACAUAUAAUGGUUUUUGUGAUUUUCUGUUAUUUUUACACUGUUUCAGACAGGGGAUGAACU